AACACAUGGGAAAAGAGUGUCGCUACUCACUUGUUUAACUAUACACGAGUUUUCCAACAUAUUUGGCCAUUAGUAAUGCGUGUAGUGAUGUACAGAUGUAGUCAGCUGGUAGACAAAAGUGGGUUUGUAUUGAUUUUAUAAACUGCGUGUUUUACAAUUUAACAAUAUUGCAUCAUCCGUUGCGGAAGGACCCCGCGUCUCCUGCUCGAAUUUACCAAAAAAAGGAGUAAUAAACCCCGACUUUCUUGUUUUCAGUUAAAUAUAUCAUACAGAACGAAUAAUGUUUUAAACAGUGGCGACUCUCCCUCUGGGCUCGCAGGUUUAAAUUAGUUUGAAAUAAUUAGUUUUAUCCGGUAAUUCAGGCGAUUUCCGCGGCCUCCUCCAUUCCCCUUUUUCUUUCAAGAUGGCGGGCGACGAGUCUGGUACAACGCUUGGUCAGCCUCACCUGUCCAAACAAGACCUCAGUACUCUGGAUGUGUCGACUUUGACGCCGCUCUCUCCAGAGAUCAUCAGUAGACAGGCCACCAUCAAUAUCGGCACCAUUGGUCAUGUGGCCCAUGGCAAGUCCACAGUGGUGAAGGCCAUCUCUGGCGUGCACACUGUCAGGUUCAAGAACGAGCUGGAGAGGAACAUCACCAUCAAGCUAGGAUAUGCCAACGCUAAGGUCUACAAGCUGGACGACCCCAGCUGUCCCAGGCCAGAGUGCUACAGGUCGUGUGGCAGCAGCACUCCUGAUGAGUUUCCCACAGACAUCCCCGGCACCAAGGGCAACUUCAAACUGGUUAGGCAUGUGUCAUUUGUGGACUGUCCCGGUCACGACAUUUUGAUGGCCACCAUGUUGAACGGAGCCGCCGUCAUGGACGCCGCCCUCCUGCUGAUCGCGGGAAACGAGUCGUGUCCUCAGCCACAGACGUCGGAGCAUCUGGCCGCCAUAGAGAUCAUGAAGCUGAAGCACAUCCUGAUCCUGCAGAACAAGAUCGACCUGGUGAAAGAGAGUCAGGCCAAAGAGCAGUACGAGCAGAUCCUCGCCUUCGUUCAGGGCACGGUGGCAGAAGGAGCUCCCAUCAUUCCUAUCUCAGCCCAGCUGAAGUACAACAUCGAGGUGGUGUGUGAAUACAUCGUGAAAAAGAUCCCAGUGCCCAUCAGAGACUUCACAUCUGAGCCUAGACUCAUCGUCAUUAGAUCGUUUGAUGUGAACAAGCCCGGCUGUGAGGUGGACGACCUGAAAGGAGGCGUGGCAGGAGGCAGCAUCCUGAAGGGUGUGCUGAAGGUGGGCCAGGAGCUGGAGGUUCGUCCUGGCAUCGUGUCAAAGGAUCAGGAGGGAAAACUGAUGUGCAAACCCAUUUUCUCCAAGAUCGUCUCUCUGUUUGCUGAGCACAACGACCUGCAGUACGCUGCACCCGGAGGCCUUAUCGGUGUGGGCACUAAAAUCGACCCCACGCUGUGCAGAGCGGACCGUAUGGUCGGUCAGGUCCUCGGCGCCGUCGGAGCGCUGCCAGAAAUCUUCACCGAGCUGGAAAUCUCCUACUUCCUGCUCAGGAGGCUGCUGGGAGUCCGCACAGAGGGAGACAAGAAGGCUGCCAAGGUCCAGAAGCUGUCGAAGAACGAGGUGCUGAUGGUGAACAUCGGCUCGCUGUCGACAGGCGGCCGCGUCAGCGCCGUCAAGGCUGAUCUGGCCAAGAUCGUCCUGACCAACCCCGUCUGCACAGAGGUCGGAGAGAAGAUCGCCCUGAGCCGCCGAGUGGAGAAACACUGGCGUCUGAUUGGCUGGGGUCAGAUCAGGAGGGGCGUGACCAUCACACCCACGGUGGACGACGACUGAGACGAACAAACCUGAGACGUUUGCGUUGCCUGGACAACACGACAACCACCACCACCACCACCACACUCUUUACAUUCACGAGGAGGACGGAGGGAGAAGGGAGGAAGCAGGAAAAAAAAAAAAACGAGACGGGACAUUUUGUAGUCUGGACGCCUCCUCGCUCCGUGAGCUCCUCUUUUCCUCUUCU